AUGAUCAUCAUCAUCAUUUUCAGUCUCAUCAUCAUCAUCAUCAUCAUCAUCAUCAUCAUCAUCACCAUUAUUACCAUCAUCAUCACCUUAUCACACUGUAUAAAUAACCCAGUAGAACACUGA